AUGUCAGUGCCUAAUCCUAAAGGUGAGGUACCAUUGUAUCUCUUCACUUACAAUUGUAACAAGAAACCUAUUAGCAUGGAUCGCUUUGUGCCCAAACUUACCCAAUCAUUCCCAGAAGAAUUGGCUCUGCUCUAUGUCUUUGGUGUGGAAGAAAUGUGCAGUAUAAUCGACGGAAGUUUUGAGGAUUCAUCUAGCCGAGUCUUAAUUUCUCUCGGGGAUGUAUUUCUUGAGGCAUUGUCAGAAAAAUAUGGCAAUAAUGACAUUGCCUUCCAUGUAGUUGGGAUGGAACAUGUUGGAGCUAUUGGGAUAAUUAUGAUUUCACCCUACCCGCUGCAGUUUUUCAGAGUCAGACUGGCUCGUGCUGGUACUGGGUACAUGUAUUCAUCUAUGAAGGGUGCUGUGGGUCUCAGAGUGACCUAUUCGCCCAGAGGUAGACAACAUCAGCAGGUUCUGGUAGGUCUGCUGCUGCUUGGACAGAACCAGCAGACCGAGUUUACAUUUGUGAACGCACAUUUGGCAGCUUUUGAAGGUGAAUACUACUUUCAAAAGAGAAAUGCUGAAGUAUUAGAGCUUAUGAGGUCACUCAAUUUCAAUGACGGUUACGGCUUUUUAAAGCCAAAUGCUCAUUCAUUUUUCAUGGGUGAUUUGAAUUAUCGGACUACGAAGAAACUUGUGGACAACAGCGAGCUGUUAUUAGAACUAGUGUCUUUGCAAGACCAGACGGAAAGUGGUUGGUCCAAACGGUCAGAAGAGGCCAUGGAGAGACUCGUAUUGAAGUAUGACGAGCUUACAAAGGCUAGAGCAGAUGGCCUUGUUUUCACUGGGUUCUCAGAGCAUUGUAUAGGAUUUGCUCCCACAUAUAAGUAUUUGCUCAACACUGCAAUAUAUAAUACGAAAAGAUCACCUUCGUGGUGUGACAGGAUAUUAUACCAGUCUACCUAUUCGCUAGAAACUGAAACAUUCCCCUUGUCUAGGAAGGAUAGAAAUAUUUUAGAGACUGAAGAAUACGAGCAAGCCGAACAAAGGAAGAAGUCGCUACCAUUGGUAGAGUCUUACAACAGUAUUCAGACGGUUCUUUCCGACCAUCAGCCUGUGUAUCUUAACAUAACGGUGCCAAUGAAAGCUCCAGAGUCAAUUCUAUCUUCAACUGGGUAUUUGCAAAUUCUUCCCAGUAGCAGACCAAAUACACACUUGCGUCACUCCAAUGAGGAUGAUCCAACUGAGGAACUACUUGCCAUUACAGAUGAGGUGGUGAGUGGUCCCACCCAAAUCUAUAUGUGUCCUACGAAAUUAGAUAAUUUUAUUCAGAUGUACGUUAGAGUGUCGGCGGAUUAUAUCAUUGGUAACGGAUUAUGGCUUACAACUACCCCAAGCGGAAGAUUAUCUAUCUUGGCGCUUAUAUUGAUUAGCUGGGGUUUGUGGUGGGUAGUGUAA